AUGUCGACUAAAAAUGGAAAUGACAGUGUUGGUAAUACUGGUAUGAGUUUCGGAAUGCCCUCUGGAUUAGGUUGUGAUCUACUCUUAAAGAGGAUUAUUCUCUAUUCCGUUGACAUUGAUGGUAGUAGUAGUAGUAGUAGCAGUAGCAGUGGCAGUAGCAGUAUCAGUAGUAGUAGCAGUAUCAGUAGUAGUAGUAGUAGUAGUAGUAGUAGUAGUAGUAGUAGUAGUAGUAGUAGUAGACAAGACGUCAUUGUAAAUCUAAACAUUUGGGAUGCUAGCACUCAUAUGAGUUAUCGAAGUACCGUAAACACAUUUCUCGCCAACUCUGAUGGAUUCUAUUUACUCUACAAUAUAGAUGACCCGCCUUCAAUCAAAAAGGUAUUCGAUAUCGUUAAAUCUAUCAGAGAUAUCAAUAAAACAACAAAACAACAACAGCCACAACAAAUAAUUAAACCUUUACCACCAAUCAUAGUAGUUGGCAAUGACCUAUCAGAGAUUAACUCUGACAGUCACAGACAUUUUGAAGAAAACUACAACAUUGUAGAGAGACUAUGCCAAUCUGAACAGAUCGAUGAUCAUAUGAUGAUAUCAACAACACACAAUAUAAACAUAGAGCAAUCAUUCUAUAAAUUAGCUAUGAAAUCAUAUCAAUAUAAACAAAAAAUGAAUGAUUUAACACUCACCUAA